AUUUUAUGGAAAAAAUUAGAACAAAAACUGGUGUGGAUGAAAGCUAAGGUACAAAGUUAUAACUCACCUAUUUUUUUUAGAUGUUUUAGAUUUUAGAUUUGGAUUUAGAUUAAUUUUGUGUUGAUAGCUAGAUGUUAGAAACCUUUUUAAUCCCCACGAAGUCCCAAACCCAGCCACAAUACCCUCCUGCGAAAAACCCCAUAUUUUCUUUCUGGAAUUUCAAAACCCUAAUAAUGGUUGAUCAAAAUCCAUUCUCGAUGGGGGAACCGAAUUAUGUUCACGAUGAAGAUAUUCGGCUUGAUGCAAUUAAAGCUAGAUUUAACAAUGUCUCCAAAAGACAUGCAGAUCUGACAGAACGUUUAUCCAGGGAUUCUGACAAGAUGGUAUUUGAGCGUUUGCAGAAAGAAUUUGAAGCUGCAAAAGCAUCUCAAACUCAAGAGAUCUAUCUCGAAGGUGAAGAUUGGAAUGAUGGAUUGUUAGCCACAAUUAGAGAGAGGGUUCACAUGGAGGCAGAUAGGAAGGCAACAGCCGCAGAUUCAAAUAUGGAGCUAGAUCCUCCAAUCCUUGAAAAAGUGACUUACAGGGUGGGAAGUAAGGUUAUAUGUUGUUUGGAAGGUGCAAGGAUUGGCAUACAGUACGAAACUUCAUUUGCCGGAGAGCCGUGCGAACUUUAUCACUGUGUGCUUGAGAGUAAGUCGUUUCUAGAAAAGAUGACGGUUUUAGAACACACCAUUCCUUUUUUUCUGCCUAUACGAGAAGCUGAAAAUGAUCUUCUUUCAUCCAAUGCAAUGAAAUUUAUAGAUCACAUUGGGGAACUGUUGCAGGCAUAUGUUGAUAGGAGGGAGCAGGUUCGCCUAAUGAAAGAUUUAUAUGAGAACCAAAUUGGAGAUCUCUAUCAUAGUCUUCCAUUUCAUAUGAUUGAAUUUGUACUGGAAGAUUUUGAGUGCACCAGGAUCACCAUCAGUCUUAGAUAUGCAGAUUUGUUGUCUGUCCUUCCAACCAGAGUUAGAGUCAUGGCUUGGCCGUUGACUCCCACGAAGAAGGGUCGUACUGGCCCAGUGCAAACAAGCAGAAAGGGAGCUGGAGGAUGGCCCAGUAAUGCUAUUCCCUCACGUCUAUCAAAUGCAGAAGACGCCCUGCGAAAUUUUAGCUUACCUGAAGCUUUUGCAGAAAUUGUGUUGAACUUGCGAAAUGAACUCCAGCAGAUAUAGUAGAUUUUACCCACUUAUUGUCAUGAUUGGAAUGUAGUGAGCUAGAGGUGUACUAGCGGUCACCACUCUCUUGUACCUGAAAUUACGUCGAAUGUGCUGCUGUCUGCUGGUGUAAAUUUCUAUUAGUAUUAUAGCAAUGUGAAGAUAUCUGACUGAGUAUUUUAUGUGGAGGGAAUUUGUGGAUAUAUAUUUCAUAGUUGCCUUGGCUAUUACAAUAUUGUGAAGAUAUUCGACUGACUGAGUAGUUUUUGCAUCAACAAUAUUGUGUAAUUUUACAAUUCAUUGCUUUAGUUGUAGAAACCUUUAUAAUGGUUCCUCGAU